AUGAGUUCCUAUUUCGUGAAUCCCACUUUCCCGGGGAGCCUGCCUGGGGGCCAGGACUCUUUCUUGGGGCAGAUCCCCCUUUACCCGUCGGGCUAUGAUGCUCUCAGGCAUUUUCCGUCUUCGUACGGGGCAAGCAGCCUGCAGGACAAGACUUACACCUCACCUUGUUUCUACCAACAGUCCAACACCGUCAUUGCUUGCAAUCGGGCUUCCUAUGAGUACGGAGCCUCUUGUUUUUAUUCGGACAAGGAAAUUAGUAGCGCCUCCGGCAGUGGCAAACAGAGGGGGCCCGGGGAAUACCUGCACUUUUCUUCCGAUCAACAGUACAAAUCCAGCGGCGUCCAAGCCAAAAUUGUAAAUGACGAAUGCACCGACCGGAAGUACACGAGCCCUGUUUACCCCUGGAUGCAGCGGAUGAACUCCUGCACUGGUACAGUAUAUGGAACUCAUGGGAGACGAGGGAGGCAAACUUACACCAGAUACCAAACGCUAGAGUUAGAGAAGGAAUUUCAUUUUAACAGAUACUUAACCCGAAGACGACGUAUUGAGAUUGCAAACGCUCUCUGCCUUACUGAACGCCAGAUUAAAAUAUGGUUUCAAAACAGGCGGAUGAAAUGGAAAAAGGAAAACAAAUUCAUAAAUUCCACACAGCCCAGCAGCGAAGAAACAGAGGAAAAGUCAGGGGAGUAGAACCAC